GAAUUCUCGGUACAUAAAAGGGAGUUAACUUUUGUCAAAGGUAAAUCGAAAGUGGGUUUCUUGGAAUUACAAACGUAUUUCCAGAACCAAACAAACCGCCAUAUUGAAGUCAUCAGCACCGCUUGAUCUGAUCAUAGUUUCAAACAGGAACAAUGGCGACCUCUAAGACUAAGAAAGAAGGAACUCCGGGCCCUGACGACUCUGCGUUCCGGACACAGAGUGAGCUGAGUGACGUGGUGAUCGUUGUCGAAGGGAGGCCUCUACACGUGAAUAGAAGUGUUCUAUCUCACAUAUCGCCUGUAUUCCUGAAGAUGUUCAACGGGGAAUGGAAAGGGAAGGCUGAAGUUCCUUUAGCAGACAAAAAGUACGAUCACUUUGUGGAGCUACUGUUGUGUGCUUACCCGCCACAGUGCAAACUCAUCUCUAUGGAAACACUUGAUGUGGUUCUACCGCUGGCUGACGAAUACGGGAUCGAGUCUAUAAAACUGCGGUGUGAGGAGUUUGUCCUCGCACGCCUCCAGCACAGAGAUAUGGAAGUCAACAAUCCACCCACCAAAGAGUUGGUUCACUUCCUUUACCUGGCGGAUAAGUACAAACUGAAGAAACUUUUAGAAGAAACUGUGGAGAAGGUGAUUCACCGAUCCUAUAACGGGAAAGACUGUGUUAAAAUGUUGAACGAAUUUGGAUUGCUGUCAGUAGAAGUUAAAUUUAGGGUUACAUCUGAAAGACUGUGUCUAAUUAAUCGUUGAGUCGCCACUGAUGACUUAUUUUUCAUUAGCUGGAAACAAGCCUCCCUGUCUUAAGAAGGCCAUGGCCCACUUUAUCUUUGAUCCAAUAGUACAAUAAAUAGUAGUUUAGAGAAGCUGGAACAGAACCUUGAAAGAAGCCUCCAGUUUUUUACGAGCCUCCUGCUAAUAAUGGCUGUAUCCCACCCGAUGACUCUGAUCAAACAACACAGGAUGUUGGUGAUUAUGUUCGACUGAUUGUGAACAAAUGUUUUUACGGCUGUCAAUUUGUGAAAUACAAGUCCUGUGUUCCUUCGAUUGUACACAAUUCAUAACGUAUAAUUGAAUACAAUUUCAGCAUUG